CAGCGGACCGCCCGUGGUCUGGCCCGCGCCCAGGAGCCUUCGCAGGGCAAGAUGGCCGCGCCGGGAGCCGAAGGCGAGGCGAGGGGCGGCUAGGGCCGUACCGCCCUGCGCAUUGGACGUACUGGCUCUUCUUGUCCGGGCCAUGGGCACCGCCCAGUAGAGCCUUUGACCUGAGGCAGCCCCAGCAUUUCGCAGUUCUGACCUGGAACUUCCCGGAGCGCUGCAGGGUCGGCGCCUCGGCGCUCUGACGGCGGCGCGAGCCCAGGGAAGCAGCCUCCUCGGUCCCGGCGGCGACCCGGAGCGCUCCAUGCCUGCGGGGGCGGGGAGGCGUGGCCUCCCCCCGGGCCGCCGCCUCUACUGGCUGCUCUGCGCGUUCACCUUAAAGCUCUGCCAAGCGGAGGCCCCGGUGCGGGAGGAGAAGCUGUCAGUGAGCACCUCGGGCUUGCCGUGCUGGAUGGUGGAGGAGUUCGUGGUGGCAGAAGAGUGUACUCCGUGUUCUACUUUCCAGGCUAAAACCACCCCUGAAUGUGGCUCCACAGGGUAUGUGGAGAAAAUCACAUGCAGCUUAUCUAAGAGGAAUGGGUUCAAAAGCUGUCGCUCGGCGCUGAUGGAACAACACUUAUUCUGGAAAUUUGAAGGGACUGUCAUCGGUGUAGCCUUGGUCUUCGCUUGCCUUGUCAUCAUUCGUCAGCGACAACUGGACAGAAGGGCCCUGGAAAAGGUCCGGAAGCAAAUCGAAUCCAUAUAGCUACCUUCUACCCUUGUAUAUGGGUCUUAAAGACCCUGCCUCCGACAGAGAAAAUAGAAUGGACUUAUUUGUGCCCCUAGUAUUUUGGGGAGUGGGAGGAACAAACAAACAAAACCCCUUCCAUCUUCCUCGUCUAGAUCAUCAAUGAGCAGAAUAAAAAGAGUAAAAUAGUU